CGGAGCCGGUUCCAGCAGCGCGCAGGGACUCGUUUUGCCGUCCCCAAAUCUCUCUCCGCCCGCUCACACCGCUCCGUCGCGCCGCCGAGAUGACACGCUCCCCUCGCCAGACGUAACCGGGUGAAACAGUCUAUUCGGGCGAGCGUCGAGCAUGUCGUGGAAGUACAGUUAACGGAGAGCCGCUUCAUAAAUGGAUAUUCCCUCCGAGGGUUCCAGAGCUCCGGGCCAAAUCAGCAGCGAGGUUUGUGUUGGGGAGGAAAGACGCCUUCCGCGGAGGACGGGAACCAAUCAGCCGUGGCGAACCAAAGAUAAACAAGCCUUAUGAAGACACCAAACUCUCAGGAAUAUUCAGGCUGCACGCAGCCCCUGUGAACUAUCAUGCUCGCCUGCAUCCAGAGACGGCAGAACUUCUCAUCGCAGCGUUUGACCUGCACGCCCAAAAGCCUCAAUGUCCCACCGCCGCCGUUACUGCUGCCGGCAGCACCGCAGCAACCGUGCAGCCAAAAAGGUGAGCCAGGAUCCGUGACAUCUCGCUAUCCGUCUCCUGCAGAGUUGGAUGCUUUCGCCCAGAAAACCGCCAACAGUCCGCUGUCCAUCAAAAUCUUCCCAUCGGACGUGCGGGUGCCGCAGCACAAACAGCUCAACAAAACGGUUAACGGCUUGGACACGACGGGCCAGCACUACAGCCCGUACCUGCAACCACACUCCAGAGGCUAUCAGGGUCUGCUGGCUAUAGUCAAAGCCUCUGUGGUGGUCAAAGGUGUGGUGAAAACCUGCGAGGGCAGGAAGACUAAACAUGCAAACUCCCAGACGUCGGCGACCCCGUACAAUAAUCCUCAGACUAACGGCUACGCCGUCAGACAUGGGCAUAAGGCCUAUCAUAUAAGCUCAUGUAAGCCCACUGAUGUACCCAACGAAACACUUUGUUCCACUGCAGGAAUGGCCUCCAGAGAUCAGAGCCUGGCCCCCCAGUCUGAGCUGGCAGAAGUUCAAAGCUUGAUGAGGAAGAUAAGUCGAGUUCCCCACAGCCAGGCCCUGCAGCUGGGGGGAGAGGCUGGCGUCAGCCCCUCGCUGCAGGCCGCCGCGGCGGUGGCCCAUUCAGACUCAGACUGUGCUUUAGGCGUGCCGCCCCAGAGCAGUCUGGCGUUCGCUGGGACGGUUCCACCCGUGCAGGGCUCAGAUACGGCGAAAUGCGGAUACGUGGAGAGGGGGGAUUACAGCAUGUGGCAGCAAAAGGCUCCGAUGCAGCAGCCCUACCAGCACCGGGCAGUGAGGAUGUACAGCGCGCACAACGCUCAGGGCCACAGAGCAGCAGAUGCCGGGGUUGGCCAGUCUCCCGAAACCUGCCUCCCGCCGCCAUCCUCCUCGCAGCUGCCUUAUAGGUGGCACCACGGAAACGUGCUGAGCUGCACCUCUGCACAGGAGGAGCAGGCGGCGGGGCAGUACUUCGCCCCUCUCUGGGACAACCACAACAGCGACUGUUACACAUCUCAGGUGUUGCCAACAGGUUCAGCCAGACCCACCGACAUGGAGCUCCACCUCCAUCAUCACACGAACCACCACCAGAUCCAACAGCACCCCCCUCUCCCUCUACCCCACGUCUACAGCGCAGACCAGAACCUCUGCUGUGGGCUGCCGAGUUUUAGCCUGUGCCACGCUGCGGUUCUCAGCAGCAGCCUGCAGUCUCUGGAGUGCCUCAUCAGUGAGAUUCACCCUCCCUGCAUCAAAGAACGCAUGCUGGGCCACGGGUACGAAGCCAUAGGGAUGCCUCAGCUGCUGGAGCACCAACAGCAAAACCACAUCCAGCUGCCUGUGUACAGAUAGGCGAGGAGCUGGCGCGCUGCGGGACGGGAUAAACCUUCAGUUGAGACGUCUAUAGGAAAAAGACAUGCCUUCUUUCAUUUGUGCAUGGAUUUGUAGAUGGCUUUGUGUUUUUAAUGUGCCUGACCAAGGUAAAAUGAUAAUCACAAUUUGAAAAACAGGUUCAAGCUGAGGAUUCAUGUUGCCAUACAAGAGAACUGCUGUUGCAAAUUUAACCAUUUUUUUUGCAAAUAAUUAGUGGAAAUGAAUUUUAAAAAAUCCAAUUGUGUGUUUCUGCAUAAAUGAAUGGGAAGAGUCCUCAGCGAUCUGCUUUGUAAUUAUAUUUUAGUUUGUUUUUGAGACAUCCCUGCAGCAUUUUCAACUGAAAAUGAAUGUUAAUGUAUUUUUUUCUGGUUUCCAGUUCUCCCAUUUUAUUGAUUAUUCCUGCUCAGCUUGUUAGAACUGUUGAAUAUCCAAAUCAACACUGUGGCGGUCAGGCCAAAACGGGCCCAUCGUGUUGUAUUUUUUUGAAAUUUUCUAAAAGUGAAGUGUUUUUGCCAACAUUUUUAUGAAACGACAAAGGUUUUUUCUCGAAGGGUGUUACUCUGUGUAAUGGAUGUCGGAGAGCAUAAUCAUUUACGGUUUUCUCGUUAGGGCUAUAUAAUAUUUGAAGACGUAUGAGUGAGUAGUUCUUCGUUUGCUCUGGUUUUGUAAUACUAUGUAAAUCUAUUUAUUUAUGUUGGUAAGCUAUAUAGCAAAUUGUCUCUAAAAUUAUAAAGUGCAAUUAUUAUAUACGAACAUGUGAGCUCUCUCUAUGAAUGACGUUGAUGGAAUAAGUCCUUUUUUGCAGCGUAUGACCCCGCCCCCUAAUCCUGCACCCUUUUUCUGUCUCUUCUUAAUAAGGAAUGUCAAGUAAAUUAAAUUUUCUAAACCCAGUAA